AGCGCUGCUAAGCUGUGCUAACAACAAACCACUCCGGGGUCUUUUUCGUAAUUUGAGGAAAUGCCUAAUACGUAUAUUACCGAUAUAUCUAAAUUAUAUUGAGUCUUGGAUGUGACAAUACUGACACUGUGCUGAUGCAAUGUUUUAUUGGAAUAUAAAGAGGAAGUCUUUAACUCUCCCAUUCAAUGAUUUAAUACUAAUACUGAGGUAGCAUUUGGAGCAAUGUUUACAAUUUAGUUUAUCGGAACAAAUAGUAAGAUUGCGUAAGUUUUGGCCUAUCUGAUGGCCGCCUUAGAUGGUUUCACCCGUGCCAGUGACCAGGACUUUUUUAGGAUAGAAGCGCACCGUCUCGUCACAGCCCCUUCUAUUGCAAUAACAGGACAAGAUGCGAGACAGUUUUAUGAACAUUUGGUGGAAGAUGAGAAAGGGGAUGCAGCAAAGAUGGAAAAGCGCAGCCGAAGGAAAGGACAGCUCAGACGCGAAUCAAGACACGGAAGAGGGAGCAGGGGACAAGAGAGGACAGCAAAUGGUCAGCUGAAUCCUGAAGGAGGGGGGGCUGUGGUGCCUAGUGUGAAUGGAGAGAGGGGAGAAGGAGAAAGAGGGGACGAAGAGAGGAGAGGAGAACUGCAAGGGCUGAGGCUACUGCGCUUUGCCCACGAAGGAGACACCUGUGCUCUCAAAGAUCUGCUGACCAAGGGAGCUGACAUAAACUUCCAGGACUCAUACCUGUGGACGAGCCUGAUGUGUGCGAGCUAUGCUGGACACAGGGAGGCGGUCAGACUCCUCCUGCAGAGAGGAGCGGCCUGGGUGGGGGUUGUGGACCUGCAGGGCCGCGAUGCCAGGGACCUCGCUAUGAAGGAGGGCCAUAAAGAAGUGGUAGAAGAACUGGACAGCUUUGGCAAAAGACCAGCAAAAGCCUCCAAGCCUGUAAAAAGCGCCCCCUGUCCACGGUGGUGCGAAUCGUGCAGAACAUCCUACACAGGUCCCACCUCCUCCCACCUCUCCUCCACCCUCCACCUGUUCAACCUGCACCGUCCCCCCCCUACCCCAUCCUACUGUCUGCCCGCCUCCAGCACCAGCUAUCAGAUGAUGCUGCGCUGCGGAUGGGCCCCUGGGAGCGGCCUGGGACCAGAAGGGAGCGGGGCCCAUCAGCCGGUGCCCACGGUGCUUAAGAGAGACACGGAGGGGCUGGGCUAUGGGCACGGCAAGAAGGCCAGGGUGACGCACUUUAAGGCCAUGGACGUUCAGGCUGUGCUUGGGGAGAAGGGGAGGAGGAGGAAGGAGGAGGAGAGGAGGGUAGGGAGAGGGGUGAGAAGAGAGGAGGAGAGGAAGAGGGAGCAGAGGGACAAGAACUGGGAGAGAGACUUCCGGAGUUCUUUCUACCUCUAGGACGUUACAAGACACUAUAAGAGCGAGUCACUGCCUAUGUUUAGGUGCAUAUUAAAAUCUGAUUAUUAUCUGAUUUCUGGACCUAUAAGAUGAUUCAACUGACAGACAACUCACAAAAUCUGAAGUGGUUAGGCAGUAAUGUUGUCACAAUACUAAAAUUUAAAACACAAGUACACUGCCUAGCCAAAAAAAAAAGUUGCUACCAGAAAAAAAGGUCACAUAUUUCUUUGGACUGCUUUUAGCUCUGAUUACUGCACACCUUCACUGUAGCAUUGUUUCGAUAAGCUUCUGCAAUGUCACAAGAUUUAUUUCCAUCCAGUGUUGCAUUAUUUUUUCACCAAGAUCUUGCACUGAUGAUGGUAGAGUCUGACACAAAGCCUUCUCCAGCACAUCCCAAAGAUUCUCAAUGGGGUUAAGGUCUGGACUCUGUGGUGGACAAUCCAUGUGUGAAAAUGAUGUCUCAUGCUCCUGAUCCACUCUGUCACAAUUUGAGCCCAAUUAAUUCUGGCGUUAUCUUCUUGGAAUAUGCCCCUGCCACCAGGGAAGAAAAAAUCCAUUGAUGGAAUAACCUGGUCAUUCAGUAUAUUCAGGUGUCAGCUGACCUCAUUCUUUGAGCACAGACUGUUGCUAAACCUAGAGCUGACUCGUAAUUAUAGGCUCGUGCCUAUUUGCUUAGUUAAACCCAGGUGCCGACUUUUUUUGGCCAAGCAGUGUAAAAUAAAAUGGUCUCAAAAUGAUGAGACAAAGGGUUGUAGUGUUUACCCCCAAAUGAAGCAUACAAUAAUUCUCUUUUAGGCCUAAUUGACAGUUUGAACUUUAAAAGGCCAAUAUUAGACGAUUUUCUGAUCUGCUAUAAUGUUUUCUCAUCGAAAACAUACUUGGAAUUAUAUUUCAUUUCAUUCACAUGUUCUACACACAAACGCUGCAUAUUUAGGCUGAGAUCAUCUCACAAGCAGAAAACACUCCAACACUGUUCCACCUUCUGAUGUCAUGUGGUAGUGCAGCUCUCCACUGUGUUUUUAAACUCCAUACACAUUCACGAGAAUCUCUUGGAUAAUUACAGUCCUGGAACUGCCAAUCAAAUGUAGCUGUUAACUUGAAAGCUAUCAUUACAUGACAUCACAAGGUGGAACAGAGCAUUUUGAACUUUAGAGAUGUAGACAGAAUAAUAAUAAAGGAUUACUUAAACAUGUGUGAAUAAAAUAAAACUUAACCCCGGGUUUGUUUUUGAGGAGGUAGCAACAUUCAAACAUGACGAAAAGCUCAGGGGAGUCAGUUUUGCAUUAAAUAGGACUUUUAACUCAGGGUUAGGAUUAAACCACAGUGCACUUUUUAAAUGACAGUUUCGAGGGAUGAUAUAUCGGUUAUCAGCGAUAUCUGUGAUACUGGAUCACGGUACUGGUCCAACAUUGAAAAUUGAGCAAUUUUUGGAACCAAUAUUCUGUUCUGCGCUGCUCUCGUCUCUGUCUACCCAUGUACCAUUCCCAGCUUUUCUUCAGUGCAUCAGUAUUGUCUUUUUGACCAGACUAUUUGAGUGAAAAUAUGAAUUUGUAUCCCAGAUAAAUACAUUUGUAAUUAUUUUAUAAUUUAUAUUUUUACAAGAGCAAUUAUUAGUUUGUAAACUUCACUAUAACUUAACGUAAAUUUGGUCUGUACUAUAUAUUUUGAAAGAGUAAUAUGGGUAUCGGCCACAACAGCACCACAAAUAUUGGACAUAUUGACUCAAAAAAUGCAUAUUGUUGGAUUCACAUAUUUAUUCCAGUAAUCCUGCAUAUAUAGCUGGCUCGCUUUCUAGAGCUAAAAAAGCUUGGUUGCACCUGGUGAUGUCACGAGGUGGUGUUCCAGGAAGUUCUCUGUGUUUUUGAAGUCCAUUCAUCUAUAACAGCCUCUUUCUGAUAAUUUAAGUGCUAAUUUUAAAGUGCAACUAAAAACUUCCCUUCUCAGUACAGACAAUUUCUUGCUCCCUCAGAUGUGCCAACUGUCAAUAAAUGGCUGUGUUUGUAUUUUAUCUGCUCUCCGAUUACCGUUUCUGACUAAUGGCUGCAGUCGACUAAAUAAACUCUUGGUCUAAAAAGGGAGUGGAGGAAAAGGGCUCAAAACUAUUACGUAUCUCUCUGUAUCUGACCCAAACUACACUCACAAGACUAAACCUGUUCGGGAGUUUAUGCAAAAACAACUAUUUCUACAGAAUAAACUGCUAGGAAACAAUGUAUUUAUAUAAAGACCGAUAAAACUUGUGAAUCAUGAGUUUAAUCUGCUUUUUUACAUAUAAAUAUCAAUAUCAAAUCUUCCCCUAACAUUGUAACUUCUCCUUUCUACUGUUGUCUCAUAUAAAUCCUUAAAUUCUAAAUAAAACUUAUAUUUGUC